UUCUUCCGUCCCGCCGCCCCGCAGACGGAGAAGUCGCUGACCAACCUCAGCAGCAUGCUGGACAAGAAGGCCGUGGGCACCCCGGUCACUUCCUCCGGCUCCAGCUUCGCGCCGGGCUUCCUGCGGCGGCACUCGACCAGCAACCUGCCGGCCCUGGCUGCCGGCGCCAAGUUCCCCAGCCCCACCGGCUCCAGCUCGUCCUCCUCCUCCUCGUCCUCGUCCUCCUCCUCGUUCGGUGGCCUGAAGGAGCCGGGCUCCGGCGGCGGGGGCGGCGGUGGCGGCAGCCCCACGGCCCUGCUGAACAAGGAGAACAAGUUCCGGGACCGCUCCUUCAGCGAGAACGGCGAGCGUAGCCAGCACCUGAUGCAGCAGCUCCAGCAGCAGCAGGCGGCGGCCGGCAAGGGUGGCGGCUCGGGGGGCGGCGGGGCGCCCAUCAACUCCACGCGCUACAAGACGGAGCUGUGCCGCCCCUUCGAGGAGAGCGGCGCCUGCAAGUACGGCGAGAAGUGCCAGUUCGCUCACGGCUUCCACGAGCUGCGCAGCCUCACCCGCCACCCCAAGUACAAGACCGAGCUCUGCCGCACCUUCCACACCAUCGGCUUCUGCCCG